GGCUCGCGAGCCUGAGUGAACAUCAGGACCGAUGAGGCUGCGGUCGCGGAUGCGCUGCUCAGCUGGUGCUUCGCGCUCGACGCUAGUUUGGUCCCUACGACCAUGAGACAACGGACCUCAACGUACCUCCCUCAGACUCCGUUGAUGGCAGCUGCCCGAUUUAUGUCAUGUUGCACCAAGGCGUGAUGAUGUUAACAUGCGCGGUGAAUGAAGUGGACCUCUAGCUUGCGAGCUUGUGAAUGAGCAUGACAAGCGUACAUUGCCGGCACGGAUACAUCCGAUGGAAGGCGCCGUGUGGAUUGUGAGGAUUUGGACGGGGCAGUGGCCUUGGCUCGUACUUCACCUUUGAGGAGAUACACAGACACGCUGCCUGCGAACAUAGCCGGGCGAUGAUGUGCCACGCGUGCACCGUGUUCUUGGUCAUGCUGUUCUUGCUUCGAGAUUAUCUUCAGAUUAUCUUGCGCUUCUGCUGUGCCGUCACCAUCCGACGCCUGCUGGUGCCGCGCUGGGUGCAGAACGGAACCGAGACGCCCGCGGUGCUGGACUGCGAGUACGUGUACAACGAGAACGACUUGAAGCUGGUGGUCAAGUGGUUCUUCAACGACGGACCCGAGCCCGUGUACCAGUGGAUACCCGAGAUGAGGCUCCGGGAGGCAUUCGGUGUGCUGCAGGGUCGCCUGGACGAAGCGUUCUCCGUGAACUCGCGCGACGUCUACUCCCAGUAUCGCGCCAUCCGCAUCCUCAGGCCCACGUGGGAGCUCAGUGGCAAGUACACCUGCAUGGUUACUUCGCUGGCCGGCCAGGACGUCCGCCAUCAGGACAUGACCAUCUUCGUGCCCACCAAGUCGUUUUCCUUCAACUACAGCAGCUCGACUCCAGGCUCUGCUCAUCAGUCCCGGUCGCAUUCCGCGGAGAACGCCUUAAGACUGCUGUGCGUGGCACGGGGCACCUACCCGAGGCCGGAGCUGAGCCUGUUUCUGAUCAAGGGAGCCAAGAGGAGGUCGGCCGACGAAGCGGGGUUUCGAACUUUCACGACAACCACAGUCGAGGAGGGGCUGUUCGACGUGGUCCUGCAUGCCGACAUGCCGGACAGCCAGGUUUCCUCGUUGGCUGAUCUCUUUGAAUGCAUACUGGAAAUUCCGCACAGCAACUACGCGCUGACACGCAGGAUGAGCAUCGCGCAUGAACUCACGUGGGGAGCUUACGGUUCUUCUGGAGCGUCUUGCGUGCCGCCCAUGCUGUCCCUAUACUUCGUUGCCUUGACCUUAAGCAUCUAUAUUGUUUCCAUGCCACACAGAAACGGUGGCAAUGACGACAAGCAUCACAUCACCGAGGACUUCCAAAACAAAGAAGACGACACGUAGUAAGCGUUGUUGCAACGUGUGACAGUCGGUAAAUGCGUGUUUGUCGCGCAUAGUGGAAGCAAGGUUCGAGGACAAGGUGCCCGUUUGAGAUGAACGAAAUCACCGCCAACAUGGCGUGAACGUGCACAGGUACCCGACCGCGCCAAGGAGACACCACUGUGGGGAUGUCUGACGGAGCGGUGCCAACGAGGUGUCAGCGUUUCAAGUGACUGCAUGUGACCCUGGUAGCAGUCGUCACACUCGUCCAGUGUCGACUGCCCGCUCAUCAUUUUGUCUGUCAGAUGAAGCAGACAAAGGCAUGUGACAAGACGUGCUUCGACACUUUUGGAGAAAGUGUUUCCUUUUGCUGCAAGCUCAUGCGUAAACUUGUCGUAAUAUGGCGCGGUUUUGCUAACGCUUAAAUGACAUCGGAGGAGCUCGCACUGCGGAGGAUGUAUUGUGGGGCAUUAUUUACAGAAACUUAGGCAUGAUACGGCGCUCGUAAGAGUCAUCGUCGAAGAGUUUCACUUGCAUCGUGAUCCAGCUAUGGCGGACGUUGCGUGCUUGUUUCUGUCGAAAUAAAAGUAAAGAUUUGA